AUGCCCACAGGCUACACUUUGUCUCAGCCCACAUCUACUUCCCCCCCUCUUUCUUCCCUCCCUCCUUCCACCCCUCCCUUGCCUGCCUCAGCUCCUGCCUGUUUCACGGGAGCUGUCCGUGUUGCACUUUCUCAAGCUAGGCAGAAAGGUCUCCUUUCCUUAGAGGAAGAAUCUGAGUGGGCUGGUGAAAUGCCAUCAGCUUUCCCUGUCUCCAGCUCAACCCCAUCAGCUUUCCCUGUCUCCAGCUCAACCCCAUCAGCUUUCCCUGUCUCCAGCUCAACCCCAUCUGCUUUCCCCAUUUCUUAUGUAAACCCAGGCACAGCGCAACAACAGGUGCUGUAUGAAACCCUUCCUUACUCCGUAAUGCGAGAAUUGAGAAGGGCCAUUGUUGAUUCUGGCUUAAAAUCAUCUUAUGUGACAGGCAUGCUGGAGGGAAUAGCAAAUGGUUAUACGAUGCUGCCGCAGGAUUGGAAGGAUCUUAUGCGUAUGCUUCUGUCCCCGGCACAUUAUGUGGUUUUUGACAGUGAAUUUAAACAUAAUGCCUCAGCCCUGUCUGACCCACAGCAUACAGCCAAUGAACUUUAUGGUGCUGGUCUGUUUGACACUAUAACAGCCCAGGCGACGCUGACACCUGCACAUUUUAGUCGCACUGCGACCUGUGUACAGCGCGCCUUUCGGAAAGUCCCUGUCUCAGGGCAACCACUGAGCUCCUUUGUCAAUAUUAAGCAACAGCAUUCAGAGCCUUACCAUCAAUUUAUAGAUAGAUUAAAAGAAGCAGUUACUCGGCAGAUUGAUAACACCACAGCUCAGAAUGAGUUGAUGAAAAAAUUGGCUUUUGUAUCCAUUGGAUACAAUGACAAUAUAAACGAUGAAACGUGUAACUUUAUUUAUUUGCUUCGAAUGAUUCGCGGCCAAGCUGAAGGAAGUCCUGAAAGAAACAGUUAUGUUAUAGGAGAAUUGUGAAAAUAAGAAUCUUGUGUACUUUCUACUUAUUUCUUUGUAAGUCUUCUCUUUCUUGUGUUUCGUUUCUUUUAUCUGUGUGUUAAUUUUUGUUUUUUUAUGGAAUAAUUAAUAAAAAGAAUUUUGAAAAAAAGAAAAAGAAAAAAUUGGCUUUUGAGAAUUCUAACACAGAUUGCAAAAAAGUUUUACAGUCCGUCAUCCAACGUGUUAAAUAUGACCUGGCGGAUAUGAUAAAAGCAUGUGCGGAUGUUGGAAGCCAGAGUCAUGCGAUGUCCUUGCUCGCUGGCGCCAUCCAAGCUGGCAACAAGCCAACAGGCAAUUGCUUCAACUGCAAGCGCCCAGGACAUUUUGCAAAAGAAUGCAGAGCACCUGGCGGUGGGGCGCACAGGAAUGGUGAUGCCAAUAAGGCUAAACCUUCCAAAAAAUGCCCAAAAUGCGGUAAAGGCUAUCAUUGGGCAAAUCAGUGCAGGAGUUCGGGAAACUCCAUGUUGGCCCCGCUCUCGGGCCAGGAGAAAUAGAGAGUUCUUUGCCGUCAGUCUCCACCGUUGACGCCUUUCCUGAGGAAACACCUUCAGAUUUCACCAUUGAUUUAAUUAAUCAGGAAACCAAAGAUGCUGUUUUACCUGGUGAAAUCGUGCUCAUGCCCACCCAAUUGGCAGGCCCACUACCUCCUAAGGUCGCAGGUUUGAUUCUACCCAAAUUUUCUGCAGCCAAAGAAGGAAUCAUGGUUAUUCCGGGAGUCUUAGAUCCUGACUACGUGGGCACAAUUAUGCUUCAACUUUGGAGCCAUAUGCCCAUGCAGUUAAAAAAGGGCGACUCUUGGGCACAUUUGGUAGUGCUUCCUACUCCUCCUACUGCUUCUAUGAUGGAUAGUAAUUUGCACCAGCUCUCUCCUCUCUCUCCACAGCUAUUGG